GGGACAUCCGCUGCUUCCACUUCUCCUUCAGUCUCGGCCAAGGAGAGGACGAUCGCAGGCUGCGGCUCCGGUGUCUGCAGGAAAAACGUUUCUUUUUUUUACACCCCAGCGGGUCUAAUGGACAAACUCUUUGUAAAUGCUUUUUAAGAAUUAUCACUCCAGGAGAAUUCACUCUGUUUGCUCAACAGGCCCUGGCCUUGAGGCUUAUUUAAAGGGUUUUAACUUCACUGGUGAGCCACCUUGGGUCUCCUGCACCCAAAGAAAUUCCAUCUCUUUGUAUUCAAAUUUCUGAGUGACCGUUUAAAGGGCUUCUUGCAACCAUGAAUACGGCCGAGGUCGAUUUCUCUUUCCUUGAGGAGGGUUUUUCUGCCAAAGAUAUUGUCGAGCAGAAGAUCAAUGAGUCAUCCAUGACGGAUGACAGGGAUGCCUUCUAUGUGUGUGACCUGGGGGAUGUUUUGAAGAAACACUUGCGUUGGGCAAGGGCACUUCCUCGUGUCUCUCCUUUCUACGCGGUCAAGUGUAAUGACAGCAGUGUUGUUUUGACAACAUUGGCUUCACUGGGAACUGGUUUUGACUGUGCCAGCAAGACCGAGAUCCAGCUGGUUCAGUCUCUGGGAGUAGAUCCGAGCAGAAUCAUCUACGCCAACCCUUGCAAGCAGGUGUCUCAGAUCAAGUAUGCUUCUGCCCACGGGGUCCAGAUGAUGACUUUCGACAGUGAAAUGGAGCUGAUGAAAGUCGCUCGCUGUCAUAACAGUGCCAAGUUGGUGCUGCGUAUUGCCACCGACGACUCCAAGGCGGUUUGCCGCCUCAGCAUCAAGUUUGGGGCCCAACUGAAAGCAUGUCGAGGGCUUCUGGAGAAGGCCAAGGAACUGGCUUUGGAUGUGAUCGGCGUCAGCUUCCACGUCGGCAGCGGCUGCACUGAUGCUGAGGCCUACAAGCAAGCCAUUACAGAUGCCCGCUGCGUCUUUGAUAUCGGGCACGAUCUGGGCUUCUCCAUGAACCUUUUGGAUAUCGGAGGGGGUUUUCCUGGUUCCGAAGACACAGAGCUCAAAUUUGAAGAGAUCACUGCGGUAAUCAACCCAGCCCUGGACAAAUAUUUCCCUGCCGACAGCGGUGUGAGGAUCAUUGCAGAACCGGGUCGCUUUUAUGUGGCCUCCGCUUACACCCUGGUUGUUAACAUUAUCGCCAAAAAGGUCCUCAUGGAUGACGAGUCGGGUUCUGAUGAGGAAGAUGAAGGUACGAGUGACAGAAGUCUCAUGUACUAUGUCAACGACGGAGUGUAUGGAUCCUUCAACUGUAUUCUGUAUGACCACGCUCAUUGCCUGCCAACCUUGCACAAGAAGUCCAAGCCAGAUGAGGCCAUGUAUCCCUGCAGUAUUUGGGGCCCAACAUGCGAUGGCCUUGAUCGUAUCGUGGAGCAGUGUAACCUGCCCGACAUGCACGUUGGCGACUGGCUGGUCUUUGAGAACAUGGGGGCCUACACUGUGGCUGCUUCUUCCACGUUCAAUGGCUUCCAGAAGCCCGACAUUCACUAUGUCAUUUCGCGGCCAGCUUGGCAACAUGUGCAGCAGAUCUGCUCCCAGGGCCUGCCGCUUCCUGCCGGCACCUGCACACUUGACGUUCCAGCCUGCUGCGGAAGAGAGAGCAACUUGGAGCUUCCCGUUAAGCCCGCUCAGGCCCGUGUGCUUUAAAGGCAACAUGAUUCAAAAGAAAUCAUUUGCUUUUAACAAAGCAACAGUUGCGGGGGUUACUUUCCGUCUUGUGACAAAUCUCGGCCAGUUAUUUGGAGGAGAGAGGGAAAUAGUGUUGCAAACAUUUCUAUGUGGAGGGGAAUAAUUAGCUGGUUGCUUGGAUGGUUUUAGGAAAUAAGGGUUGCUAUAAAUGCAUGUUGAAUGGUUCCAUCUUUUUCCAUGUGAAAAAUACUGUUAGGUUAAACAUUUGCAGAUUUGUUUCCAUCAAACUUCUUGCUGAAACCAAUCGUUUUAAUUCAUAUGUAGUGUGUUAAAAAUAACUCUUAACCUAUACCAUUUAUCCACAGGGACUCAAAAGACACUACUGCCUCUCUCCUCCUCAGAUCAUUUAAUUUAAAUGUUGUGCUUAUUUUCUGGAGAACGCAGAACAUGGAGGUUGUAAAACAAACGGGAUUGCAAAUUCAUGCUGCUUUCCUAUGGAAACUUGUGGAAGUUUUGUAUUUUUGUAAUAAAGUGGUGCAGAACCGAAUGAUUUGUUGAAUAAAAAACUGUCUUCAAA